AUGAGUCUCUUCGGCUCUUCGCAGCCAGCACAGACUGGCGGCCUCUUUUCUUUCAACAAGCCCACCACCGCGCAGUCAACAGCCACUCCGUCAUUAUUUGGCGCGCCACAGCAGACACAGCAGCCACAGCAACAGAGUAGUCUCCCGAGCUUUAGCUUCAGCGCACCCAAGAGCCAGGCGCAACAAUCUGGAGGGCUGUUUGGUACAUCGACCCAACCACAGCCAGUAGGCGGCGCUUUUGGACAAGGUCAACAGCAAGCGCAGGGUCUCUUUGGCACAUCGCAGAACCCUCAACAGACCGGAGGGCUCUUCGGUGCUUCGCAAAAUCAGCAGCAACCUGGUGGCUUGUUCGGCGCUUCAACACAGCCCCAAACAGGAAGCAGCACGUUCGGGCAAGGGUUGCAGCAAGCGCAACAACCAGCGCAGCCUUCCUUUGAUCAAACGUUGCAAUUCGGCCAGUCACGACAGGGACAACCCGGCGCACAAUCACUAUGGGAGGAAGGCCGUGGUAUGAACACCUUCCGGUCAAUACCCGUCCAGAUGAACAUUGUCAAAAAUAAGUGGGAUCCAACAAGCUUGUCAUCCCCAUUGCGGACGUACCUUUACCAACAUGUCGAAAGCGAGACAGACGCAUUGAAAUACCGACCAGGCCCCGGAGAAGACGAGGACAAAUGGGAAGAGGCAGUCUCAAACCGACCCGGGCCAGACUGGGUUCCCUUGCUUGUGCAGGGCUUUUACCAGCUCGGCCGCAAGGCUCAGAUACAAAUGGAAGGCAUUCAGAGAUGCAACAUGAUGCUCCAAGAAAUCAACACCUCCCUCGAAGUGCAACUAGAUAGGCACCGUCAGAACGUGGCCACCCGUCUCGAAGAAUGCAAGAGGAGGCAAGCCGCAGCAGCUCAACGGACACUGGCGCUGGCAGUAAAAGUGCAGAUCCUGCGUAAUCGGGGCUAUGUCAUGGACAAUGCCGAAGAAGAGCUGAAAGCUAAGCUGGAAAAUCUACAACGAGAAGUCUUUGAUCCUAGCUUGAAUGCCCGAGAGCAGGAAAUUUGGGCGAGGAUGCUCGGGAUCCGAGAGCGCGCAAAAAGAUUGAAGAUGGAGAUGGACAAGAUUGCGCCCACGGCUAAUGCCAACGGAGAAGACUCCGGUUUGGACGAGGAGACGAUCAGAGCUGCGAAGAAGACACUAGAAGCGUACGAGAUCCAGUUACGCCACUUGCAGAAGGAACUGGACCUGGUGCAGCAGGAGUUUGAAGAGUGGGAGAAGAUCUCCAAAGACAGAGAAAUUGACCUUCCUCGUCGCAGGUGA